AAACCUAUUAAUUUUAAUGAAAAGGAUAAAGUAGCAGAGAGAGAGGGAGGGAGGGGGAGAGAGAAUUUUGAUUAGCUAUAACAAUUUGUCUCUAAUCUCUAUAUACAACCAGUCUAGCUUUUAGUUUCUCUCUUUUACCAAUAGUACUAGUUCUCUUUUCGGAAAGGGGAAAAAAAAUUGUAAACCAGUCCGUCGAGGUUCUCUCUCUCUCGCUCGCUGCAUUAAGUUUGUGAAACGAUGUUGAAAGUGUGGAAAUGGUACCAGAAUUGUCUGGCAGUGCAUCCAGUGAAGACCCAGAUCAUCAGCUCAGGUUUGAUUUGGGGAUGUGGUGAUAUUGCUGCCCAGACCGUCACCCAUUACACUGCCCAAAAACGUCGCCAAAUUUCUGAUGAAGAUGAAGAAUUAAAAAUCAAUUGGAGACGUGUGGCAACCACAAGCUUGUUUGGAUUUGGAUUUGUUGGACCAGUUGGCCACUUCUGGUAUGAAGGCUUGGAUCAGGUUAUGAAGUCACGCCUUCACUUACAACCCAAAUCCAUGAGAUUUGUCGCUAGUAAAGUAGCACUUGAUGGAAUCAUUUUCGGUCCCUUGGACUUGCUCGUGUUUUUCAGUUACAUGGGGUUUUCCUCCGGAAAGAGUGCUACCCAAGUUAAAGAAGAUGUCAAGAGGGAUUUCAUACCGGCGUUCGUUUUGGAGGGAGGAAUAUGGCCACUUCUUCAGGUUGCAAAUUUCAGAUUUGUUCCAGUGAGGUACCAACUUUUGUACGUAAACCUUUUCUGCUUGUUAGAUAGCUGUUUUCUGUCAUGGGUUGAGCAACAACAGGAUGCUCCUUGGAAACAAUGGUUCAAAUCUUUCCUAGCUAUGAAGGAGGAAGAAGGCCAAGGUGGAUAGUUCUCUCUCCCGCAUCUGUGUUUCUUCCACCUUUAUUUUGAGGCUUUGGUAUGAAAUUGGGAAAUAAAAAAUCAGAGGAAACUAGAAAAGUUGUGGAGAAUUUUGAAAAAUGCCAAUUUAGGUUCUUGAAUUUGGGAUUGGAAGCAAUGAAUAGGAUCGAUCAAUGCUUUUCAUGAUCAAUCUGGUUUUAAACUUCUUAUUCAAGGAGGCUGGCAUUGUUGCUCUUGUUUUCUCAAAUCAUUUGGAUGUCAAUCUGAUGAUUUUCGGAUAUUUCGAACUUGUUUUCCCUGAA